CAUUGGUGUGUGUGGCAUGCACACACCCUUUCUGACUCUCUCUCUCUGACACACACAGACCUGCACACUCUAUUUUUGCCACCUCUGGUACUGAAGUGCAGGGUGUCAUCCACGCACACCACCUGUCAGCUUUCGUAAGAGGCUUCGCCAAAAGCUUGUCCACACGUUACCCGGCAGGAGCAUGCACCAACAGGCCAAAGAUGAGGGGGAACCUCCCAAAAUGCAGGGGGAGGAGGGGGACUCGAACACAACAUGCUCCACACGAACCCAGUCUACCCCCUCUCCUGAGACCUCCACGGAGGGGGAAACUCAGGUGGAGGAAGAGGGAACUCCAGUCCUGACUCCCUACCCCUACAGUAGGAAUGGGGGGCCCUGUCGCCCGGGGUGUCUACUAGUCGCCCUGAUCUUCAUGCUCAUCUCUUUACUCGGCAGCUGGGCAGUGGUCCACCUCACCCUGGGGUCCCGUGGAAUGGCGACCUUCAGGAUCCAAGCCAGCUAUGACCGGCCGAGCGAACAGGAUGCCAACGCCACGAUCAAACCGGGCUUCACCACCAACUGCACCAUGGAUCUCUCCCCUUUCCACAACAUCCCCCUCCAGGGCCAGUACCAUUGUCACCAUGGCCCGGGGGUCCCUCUGGGACAGUUGUGUGAUUUCACAAUGGACUGCCCACUCGGCGACGACGAAGGGGACAUGUGCAGUCAGUUUCUCAUUGGCAGCUAUUGCUCCUUCGAGGAUGGUGAGUGCGGUUGGCAGCCAACAGCGGCCAAGGGAUCCUCCUGGAGGCGUGUCCACACCCCGCCAAAGGGGGUGCGGCCCAGCUGUUCAUCAUCCUCAGGUGCCAUGUUCAGUGUGGAUGGAGGGCAGUCCAAGAGUCAUCAGGUGUCAACGUUGCUCAGGAGCCCUCUCUUCCCCCCUCCCCUACGGAACUCUCGAUGUGAGGUACGGUUCUUGAUGUGUUCUGGAGGUGGCCAGAGAGGGGCACUGUCUUUGUGGCUGGUGGAAAACAGCACACGACCAGAGGAGCAGCGCAGACUGUGGUACUCUGCCAACGAGCCCAAGACCAAGAAAGGCUGGAGACGCAUUAUCGUUCCUCUCUACGGACUUGUUGACUGGUUCUGGCUCCAGUUCAGUACUGACAAUGGAUCAGGUCCAGGAUCAGCGAUUUGUCUGGAUAACAUCUCCUUCAGUAUGGACUGCUUCCUGGCCUCCAAUGGUGAAUUUCCUCCAACGGUAACCGGCACCACUAAACUGCCAUUGAAACCAACCAAUCAGAACAUUAAAACAACCACCCCGUCCAAUGGAAACUCAAGAACAUUGUCAGACCUUCCUACUCCAACUGACUCAACGAAAUGGGCCUUUCACACUUGUGGGGCAGUUGGUUCAGAGGGGCCCACCCCAACCCAGUGUACCAGCUCCUAUCGGAACAGCAAUGUCAAUGUUAAUGUGGCAACCAGAAGCCCAUUCAAAGGCAUCCAAAUCUGGAGGGUACCAGAGACUGGCAUCUACAGGAUCACAGCUUGUGGGGCGGCUGGCGGUCGCAGUGUAUUGGCCAUGACCAAGUCACAUGGUGUCCAACUCACAGCGGACUUCCUGCUUCAGAAGGGCGAGUUGCUUUAUUUCCUGGUGGGCCAAAAGGGAGAGGACGCUUGCCCCAAUACCAACGGGACACUGAACAAGAUCUGUGUAGAGCAGACACCAUUGGACAAGAAGACACAGGUCAAAGGGGGCGGGGGCGGAGGAGGAGGAGGAGCCACCUAUGUGUUCAAGGUGGAGAGGGGUGUCCACAUCCCCCUGAUCAUCGCAGGUGGAGGUGGGGGACGUGGGUACAGCAGCCAAUCAGACAGCCAGAAUGAGUUAAUGGACGACCCCCAUGUACCAGGGCGUAACGGGAAGUCUGGAGCGGCAGGUGGAGGCGGAGGUUGGAAUGACAGUAACCCUGGGUCUCUGGGUGGGAGACCCCUAAUACUUGGAGGCCAGGGGGGGCAACCCUGCCAGAAGUUGGGCUGGAAGACCCGAGGGGGCUUCGGGGGAGGGGGAGGCCCCUGUACAUCCGGUGGUGGAGGAGGGGGCUAUAGAGGUGGCAGCACCUCUGAAGCAAAUGACCCAAAGCAGGACGGGGAUGACGGUUCCUCUUUCACCAACCCAGAGGGAGAGAUCUUCCUGGAUGCUCUGAAAGGGAUGGAAAGUGAUGGAGAAGUGAUCAUCUGCCCCGUGCAGAACUGUAGCCACUGUGAGACGGGCGAGUGUCAUGAGAACGAGGAGGGGACAAUGUGUUACUGUGACGAGGACCUCGAACUUGCCCCCGACGGUGUCUCUUGUGUCAAUGCAUCAACAGAGGUGUCUCUGCUGCCACCCCAGCCCUCCCUGUCCCAUCUGGCCCUGGGUCUGUCUGUGGGGACCUCAGCCCUCAUUGCUGCCCUGCUGCUAGCUGUGUCUGGAGUCAUGAUCAUGUACAGACGGAAGCACAUAGAGCUACAGUCCAUUCAGCUGGAGCUCCAGAGCCCAGACUGUAAACUGAGCAAGCUGAGGGCCUCCACCAUCAUGACCGACUACAACCCCAACUACUGCUUCGCUGGGAAGACCGCCUCUGUCAACGACCUGAAGGAGGUGCCCCGACGCAACAUCUCCCUCACCAGGGGACUGGGACAUGGUGCCUUCGGUGAGGUGUAUGAAGGGAUGGCAGUGGGGAUACCUGGAGAGUCCAAUCCCAUGCAAGUAGCAGUUAAGACACUCCCUGAGGUGUGCUCUGAGCAGGAUGAGCUCGACUUUCUCAUGGAGGCUCUCAUUAUCAGUAAAUUCAGCCACCAGAACAUAGUGCGGUGUAUAGGGGUGAGUCUUCAGGCCCUGCCACGCUUCAUCCUACUGGAAUUGAUGGCUGGAGGAGACCUCAAGAGUUUUCUGAGAGAGACGCGGCCCAGACUGGAGCACCCCUCUAGUCUCUCCAUGGUGGACCUGCUCAACGUGGCUAGAGAUAUCGCACAGGGAUGCCACUACCUGGAGGAGAACCAGUUUAUACACCGGGACAUUGCAGCUCGGAACUGCCUGCUGACCACCAAAGGACAGGGGAGAGUGGCCAAGAUAGGGGACUUUGGGAUGGCCAGGGACAUUUACAGGGCGAGCUACUACAGAAAGGGUGGGCGCGCCAUGCUGCCUGUGAAGUGGAUGCCUCCCGAAGCUUUCAUGGAGGGGAUCUUCACAUCCAAAACGGACACGUGGUCCUUUGGGGUUUUGCUAUGGGAGAUCUUCUCUCUGGGCUAUAUGCCCUAUCCCAGUCGCAGUAACCAGGAAGUGUUGGAGUUUGUCACCAGCGGGGGAAGGAUGGACCCUCCCAAAAACUGCCCAGGGCCCGUGUACCGAAUAAUGACACAGAGUUGGCAGCAUCAACCGGAGGACAGGCCAAACUUCUCCACCAUCUUGGAGAGGAUUGACUACUGCUUACAGGACCCCGAUGUGGUGACUGUUACCUUGCCUGUGGAAUAUGGGCCCCUCCCCGAAGCGGAGGAGCGGGUGCCCAUGCGCCCUGAGGAUCUCACGGCCUCUCCCCUGCUGGUGUCCACUCAGAUGCCCGACGGGGAGGGCCCUGCACCGCCACCCUCUGCCACCGACUCCAACGAGGAGAAACGAAGAGUCAAGCAGCCCCUCCUCCUUUCCAGCCAAUUCCCCGAAACUAUCAAGCCCCAGAUGAUGGCGCAACAACCCCAGUUCUACCCCCACCCUCAGACAUUCACCACAACCACCAUCACAGCCACCUCCUUCAUCUCCACCUUCAAGGCGCCUCCCACCAUCUCCACCCAGCAGCCCAACCCAGAGGGGGGCCACAUAAAUCUGGCCUUCACCCAGGGCUACCCUAAGGAUAAGGAUGGUCACAAUGGGAAGCCCACCAACCUGUGGAACCCCACCUAUGGCUCCUGGUUCCUCCAGCAGCAGCAGAGGAAGCAGCAGCAACAACAGCAGCAGCAAAGGCUGGGAGACAUGGGCAGUGGAGGUGGGGGGGUUGGAGGUGGGAGGGUUCCGGGCGAAGGGCAGGAGUACCAGGGGCGGACUGUGGCCGAGGCUGCGGGGGCCCUGGGUCUCCAGCAACAGCAGCACAAGCAGCAGCAGUUCCAGCCACCGUAUCCCUUCCAUUCACAGCAGCAACAGCAUCAACAACAGCAGAUGCAGCUCCUGCAACACCAACAGCAGCAGCAACAGCAGGGGCUCUGCAAGCCCCUCUUGCCCCCUCCGCCCCCACCCCAGGUCACCUUCUCGGAUAUCACUGCCCCUACCCCGCUCCUGUUAGAUUCGGCCACCCUCCCCCCAGUCCCCCUCUUCAGACUUCGCCACUUCCCCUGCGGGAACAUCGGCUACGGCUACCAGGAGCAAGGGUUGCCCCUGGAGACGACCCACCACCACACUAACCCCCAUCCUCCCCCGUCUCCUCCUCCCCUGCCACCCGUGGCCCUCCAGAGAGGAGUGGAGGGGACCCAGCUGUCGCUGAGCUGCUCAACGACGGCCAAACCCGAGGACAGCCGUCCGCUGCUGGUCACCAUGGGGACGGUGCAGGACCCCAGGCUGCCCCGGAUGGAGGGCCACAAUGCCACGGUGCUUUAGCCCAACCUCCAUCUUUAUUUUUGUCUCUCACCUCAGAGACCAUGUGUAUAGGCAGACAGGCGUACAGCCAGACUAGAUGGUACACCGUGCAACAUUGUGUCAGGACAGUACCCGCCGCCUUACGACACCCCCCCCCCUCCCGUCUCGACGCCUUGGUUUCAUCCACAGAUCGGAUUGACCCAUUUUCACCUGGCCAAUGGUUGCGAAGUAAAAAAAAAAGUUAAAUAAUCUCUAAAAUGGUUGCGGAAAUACCAAUGGGUGUUAAAGUAACUGCCCAGUGUUUCCAUAUUUCUAUGAAAUUUGACUUAUAAUUACUUAAAAUAUGAGAUAAAUAGUUUUCCUUCCAAAAAUGGUUAAAUGAGUAUGUUAAAAAGUAGCUUUUCUGUGUUGGAAUGGUAUGUGCGUACCCCAUCAACAGAAUGGUAUGGACUUAAACCAGUCAUAAACAAUAUACAAUAUUAUUAUAAGUAUCCCGCUGAUUGGCCAGCUCAUCCUCCUCCAGACCACUGAUUGGCCAGCUCAUCCUCCUCAGGGAGAUGAUAUGGUCUAUGAGGAAAUAGCAACCAUUUUUUUGAAGAGAGUUUUGAAGUGUCCCCCCCCCCCCCCAAUUCAUGCUUUGGCCACAAAUACGAGUAUAGGACGAGUCAACAAAAUUAACAGAAUAUAAAAGUUAGAUUUUCACUGGGCAGUUACUUUAAAGCACAUUGUAGAGCUUCAAAGACCAUUGGGAAGAAAAAGUUGUGGACCAAUGGCUAGAAAAACAGGAACGAUGGACAUUUUGCAACACCUGCUAAAAUGUAGCCGCUAAGGGAGUGAUACACUAUACGAAGAGAGUGGGCUGAAUGAGUUGUCAGCUAUUGUAACAGGACAGGGUGAAAUGUUUCCAUCUCGUUGAACUAGUUAAUUUAUCCGCAACGUUCUCACGAGUCGACCGCUUAUCUUCGUGGCUCUGUAGAUGUCAAUGCAGCCAUUCAUCACAAGUCAUUCGGGAAACAAACAGUUUGUGUUUCACAAUCAAAAACAUGUAGAACAUGGUAACUGAGAACAAUACACAUCUGCCAGAUGUCUAACUGACUGUAGCAUGAAUUAACUUAUUUGGCCGUCAAUCAUUGCAGUUCAUCCAUUUCCUUUGGGAUUUCUGGCCUUGGCAGUUGAUUCACCUAUUAGAAAUGAUUUUUUACAAGAAUAUUGUGAGAAUCGUGCACUGGAUUCCGGGGAGGAUGAAAGUGUUUGUUGAUGAUUGCCUGCCUUCUCAUUUAUUUAUUAUGUUGGGAACUCUGUAUAUUAUUAAAUGGACCCACUUCUUAUACCCAACCAUAUCCAAAUUAAUUUGACAUUGGUUAGCUAUUUGGCAUUUUUUUAGAAGCAGGAAUUUUUGUCCAAUGUCGAAUUAAAUUGACCAAUGAAUGGUAUUUAUGAUAGUUGGAAACUAAAUGCACUCAUCUAGUUGAAUGUUGCUAUGGUAUGAGGGUGGGAGUGAAUGGGAAUUGUUGGGGGGUGUAAUGAUGCCAUAGGCACUGCAUGUGGGUGGCUAUUUUUGAACUUUAAGGUGCGUGAGUAAGGGGCAUUCAUCUGUGUGUGCAUAUGUUUGUGUGUUUGAGAGAGAGGAAGAGAUGGAGGGAGAAGGGGAGAAAGAAAGAGAAAGAAUGUUAUUCGAGGCACAAUACUAUGGGGCUUACUUUAUACCGUUUAUUCAGGCAAGUUUACCUUCCAUUUCUCAUAUGUAUAUAUUAUGGCCCUCUAGAAAGACAGAAAUUAGUGUUCCAUCAACUUCCAUGGACACAUAGUUGGAGAUUAAUUGAAUUUGAAAGUGUGCUUUUAAAAUAGGAAAUGUUGGCAUUUUUGCUGGGGGCCUUUUUUCAACAACCUUUUCUUGAUUCAGAACUUUUUUUUUUUUUGCCUUACCCAGCAACUAUAUUUAACAUUGCUGAAUAGGUCUUUACCCCUAAACUGCUAUUUUAAAGUACUCAAUGUUAAUACAUUUGCAUAAUUUAUCUUUUCUAUUUUAAGAACGACUACUAUAGAAUAUAAAUUAUUCUGAGUGAAAAGUUUGAAUACAAAUUGCUUGUGGUCCACUUGUGAAAAAUCUAUGGUUAAUAUUUUGUGAGGAUCUAACUUCAGUUAUCAACCAUGUCUACAUUUACAUUCAAUGUGCAUAGCCUCAACACUGUCAAUGCAGUCUGCUUUUAAACAUUCAAAAAGUUUGUGAUUAUGAAUUAAUUUUAAUGUACAGUGCGAAUCAACUUUCAUGUACUUAAGUCUCAAAUGGACAUGAGUGCUAGUCUAUGCUAAGCUAAGAUGAAGUUGAUUUGAGUGUAUCCAGGAAGUGCCAAUGUGUCAGUUGUUUGCCUGGCUAUGUUGUUAACCCCUUACUUGAACACUCUAUCAUAAAGCUUUACAAGCUGUUGUAGUGAAAACAUUUGAUAACACAAGGUGUUGUUUGGUUUAUGCUUAUGAUAGAGGGUUCAAGUAACAUGUUGCACUAUUGCUCAUCUCCAGUGGCUGUGUUCACAUAAUUUUCUGUUUCUUUGCAGCAACUCAUCUGAACUCCGUUGCUCCGUGUAAAAACCAACUGAAUUGCAUCUGUAACAUGUUGUAAUUAUGAUGUAUUGUACUAUGACUGGUAACCUCUGUAUGUUGCCCUUCAGAUGACAUCUGCCAAAAUUAAUAAAUUACUAUAUAAUGAC